GCACCCCCUGGCCACCUUUUUCCACCUGUUUUUCCGAGUGAGUGCUAUUGUCACCUACUUGUUCUGUGACUGGUUCAGCAACAGCUUUGUUGCCUGUUUUGUCACUAUUCUCCUCCUUCUAUCCUUUGACUUUUGGUCAGUCAAGAACGUGACAGGAAGACUCUUGGUCGGUUUGCGUUGGUGGAACCAGAUUGAUGAAGAUGGAAAAAGCCAUUGGGUGUUUGAAGCAAAAAGGGUGCCUACAAUAGCUGCCUCGACCGAAGCUGAAGCUCGAAUCUUUUGGCUUGGCCUCAUCAUCUGCCCAGUGAUUUGGACAGUGUUUUUCUUUAGCUCCUUGUUCUCCUUGAAGCUGAAAUGGCUGGUGACUGGGAUCUCCCUGCAGACUGCUAAUUUAUAUGGCUACAUCCACUGCAAAUUAGGGGGACAAAAAACCAUCAGCAGAGUAACUUCGAGGUUGUUUGCUACAGCAGAUGUUCCCAAGAGACAGAGCAGGAGAAUUUCAGAAGAUGGCACUGAAGAACAUGGGAAGACAGGCACAGGAUAAUCAAACAAGGAAGAACUAAAAGGAUGAGCAGUAAAAAUACUAAUUUCUGAAACAUGUUCUUCCUAUGAAGAUAUCUAAAUAAAUCUCUUCUAGAAUUAUGCCUGCAUGAAAUAAAUCUGUGUUUGAGUCUUUAGGUCCUGAAAGGUUUAGAGCCUUUGUUACUUAAAAACUUCACCACAAAGUUUGUAAAGACAGUGCUCGUGGUGUACACAGAGC